AGCAGGAUAAAGCGCCCCUUGCACGCGAACCUCAGACCCCAUGAACCUCGCACUUCAUUUACCUCGACCAGCGAGUCCCAGUCGUCCCGAUCCCUCCUCGGCCAUGCGUCUUCGUCUUCGGUCACCCGACUCCGACCUCAGUUCUUUCUAGAGUCUCCCGGUUGCCUCCUCGUCGUUUCCCGUGAACAUGAGCGUGUUUUGGGUGGUGCUUGUGUCAGUGCUCUUCCUGGACGUUUUCCACGCCUCGGUCGUCGAGGCCCCCGAAGGCUCCCCGGAGCUGAAGAGGAGUAAAAGGUUGACGACUUUCGGCGGCGGCGGCUCGCAGAACCAGCAGAACCAGAAUCAAAAUCAGAAUGCACAGAAUAAGAAACGCCCUUUGUUUGUUCCAGCGUUGCACCAGCCCUGCCGCUCGGACUACGACUGUGGGACGUCCAACUCGGAGUGCAAAGCGAACGCUUCGUCCUACAACCCAACCAUGAUGUGCUAUUGUAAAGAGAACUACGAAGAGAUAGAUAACGAAUGCAGCGGUGCGGCUGCAGCAACUUCAACAAUCCUCACACUUUCUUUGGCCAUUCUGGUAGCCAAAUUGUAUAAAUUCUAUGACUUUUGACCAAUCUCGGUUGAUUUCAGUAUUCAUGGGUUCACUUGAGCAUCUAACAGAGUAUUAAGGGCGGAAGCAAAGAAAACUUAAAGCCGAAGAUGGAAGGUUCAUACUCAUUUUCUUACUAUAAUAAGUUAAGAAUUGCAUACUCAUAUUAUUUUUGUUCACACCGAGUAAAUAUCGAGGGUGAAACUCCCAAACCAGCAGAGGCGGAUCUAGCAAUUUGGCAACACCGGAUUUCCUCCAUUUAAACUACGCUA